AAAAAUUUACCGAAUUAAUCACUAUAGUUAUGGAAGCUACUCAUAAACUAAAGAUCGGCGGGAGACCUGUUAUUCAGCCAAGCUAUCCUGUCAUCCCAAUGCAUUCUCAAGAAUAUGAAAAAUUCUUGAAAUUCCUUGCUAUCAUCAACAAGAACUGUGAGAAGUUGGAUCACAUUGGUGCAUGCACCAAGUGAUGGCAACUUCUAGACCAGCUACUAAUAGAUGCUCAUAUCAAGGUAAAACACGAGUGCAUUCCUAUUUCGAGUCUUCACACUGAAGACAAGUUCUUAGACAUCGCUAAGAAAUACAGUAAGAUAAAUGAUGACAAAUCUUUGGUUUGCCUGCUAGAUCUUAACCAGAUUCAACACUUAAUGCCUAAGAUACAUAAAAUGUUAGAAGAAGAAACCAAAAAAAUUGAAGAAAAGAAGAAAAAGAAGGCUAAAAGGCCCAAUAAUCCCAAGAAUGCUACCAACACUAAGGAGCCUAAAAAAGCACAAGCUAUUAAGAAGUCACCAAAAGAGAGACUUCCAAAAGGAAAAUGUCAUAUAGAGUACAAAGAUCCUGACAAUAGAGACCUCGAGGUAGAAUUUUUCAAGUCGAGGACUUGAAACAUGCUUGAUAGCAUGUACAAGGACAUAGAAAAUCUUAAGCAAAGUCAAAGAGAGCUAGAACAUAAAUUUGACAUGCUUGUUCAUAAGUUAGACUCGAAUACUCCUUCACUGAAUGUGCUGCCUCUAUUAGGUCAGAACUCAUUACAGAACAUUUUCCCUAAAGUUUAUUCUAGCAAACAAACUGACUUCUUCAAUUUCUUGUCUAGACUAUUUGCAGAUUACAAUCGAAAGAGAGAGCAACACCAGAAGACCCAACAAGUCAUGAUCGACCUAGAUGAGUAUGAAGAUCUGGAGAUACAAAAGGACGAUGAACAGGCUAAAAAGGAUCCUAACCAGUUUCAAACUGUUCAGAGAGAGUCCCCAGGCCAGGCUGGCCAGAGUAAUGAAGGAAACCAAUCCUUUGUGCAGAAUGUUGCGAGUAAUGAGAGAGAUGAAACUGGUAGAUUAAGACAGGAAGAUUACAAGCAGAAAGAGGCAACAUGUACAUCAAAAACUUUAGAAAAGAAAGAUAUCUCUGAAAAUGUGGUUAGUAAGGGAAAUAAAGACAUUGAUUCUUCAAUGCAUCAAAAAUCAGGAGAGGAAGAGAGUAAAUUACAAAAUCACAAGCAAAUAGAUAAAACUAGCACCUCUAGCACAGCAGUAUCCCAAACCAUAUCCAAGCAAUCUAUCCAUAAACUUCCUCCAAAUCCUGUCGAUAAUCUCUUAAGGCCUUCUUCAGGCCAAAUUCCCUCUGCAACCCCCAAGCCUCCUUCCUUUGUCCCAUUAGUAGAGUCUAUUUUCCAAGGAUCAGGGUCUCAAUCCUUGAACAACUUAUCUUCCACUCUAAAUAUGCAUACUUCUACUGUACCAGGUAACAAUUUAACUCUACCGGCACCUUCACCACCUCUAAAACUACCAGCUUCAGCACUGAAAACUCUGCCGAUACAGAGUUCAAAUCCUACCUUUGCCCAAGAACAGCACCCGCAAGAUCCUGCUGGGAAUGCCGAAGUUGUUGAAGUCGAAAAGUAAAAUUGGUCCUAAUUUUAACAUAAAUUUAA